AUGGAUCCCAAGAAGGAGGAGCGGCUUGAAUCGGAGAAGAGGGUUCGCGAGAGGAAGGAGGCAGGUCUCACGCCGGACAUUCGGGACGUGCCACCGGAGGAGUACACGGACUCCAAAGGCGGAUACCGGGAUUUCCAAGGCUACCCGGGAGAGCAGCCAAAAAAAACCGAGUGA